AUGUCUGAAGGCGUGUGUUUUGUACUCACAGUAAUGCUAACUGUAUGCUUUGGAGAACUGCGUGUAAAAGAGUGUGUUUAUCCGAGAAUUCUCCAUGCGAGAGGUGCAAAUGGCGAGAAGAUGCUCCACAUCCGAGACGGGCUUACUCUGAGCUUAGAAAAGAGCAAAGUGUUCGCCGAAAACUUCACUUUCACCAAGGGCGACGAUGUAAACGACUCCAACACACUGCAAUUAAUGCUCUCACGUUGUUGCCAGCUGAAUUUCAAGGAAAUUGAAGAGAGUUUGUACCAGGACAGGAAACACGGCUCCUCUGUUGUGGUCCAAGAAUCGAAUGGAUAUGUCCAGGUGACUGGUAUCCUCACUGACACUUUAUCAAUCGAGGCAGUAUUAUCUAGUCAACGAUCGAAAGACGGAAUCGUUGCUCACCGGAUAUCAAAGUUAAAUGAUACGUCCAUCCCAGUGUAUGCUGAUUAUGUUCAUUACACACACUUAGCCGAGCGAGAAGCUAGGGGCGACAUCCACAGAGUGGCAAGACAACGCCUGCGGAACUCUCCAGAAACAGUUACCGUUGAAACGAGAAUACUCUACGACGAUGCUCUUGAAGAACAGAAAGGAAGUUACCUCAAUCAAUAUUUGGUGAUUGUAAUGAAUAAGGUAAACCUCCUGUACACUGCGCUGCAAAACCCAAGGCCUCAUUUUGUCAUUGUUGGCAUUGAAAAAUUACUUAGUGAAGCACACUUAGAAUUAACUCCUGGUAGAUACUUAAAGGUUUGCAACACUUUAAAACCCCUUAAUCAUUUUGUCUAUCGAUCAUGGCGGCGUGAUGCUCAGGAUGUCGUUGCUUUCCUCUCUGGUUGGCGUUCUUCCGACGAGAGGGGAAAGGGAUGCACGAUUAUCUGUGGUAUCUGCUCGAAAUACAAAGUAACCGUUCAUUCAGUUCAAGGAUUAAGCGAGUCAACAUCUGCACUAUUUAUAGCUCAUGAAUUGGGUCACCAAUUGGGAAUGAAUCACGAAGAACACCCUGGACAUGCUGGUCUUGACUGUGGCCCGGGUGCAGGAUAUGUAAUGGCAGCUGUAUUGGAUACGCCAGGACGCUCUGUAUUUUCUCACUGCGUCUAUGACAAGAUGAAGAGAUGCCUAAUCGAGAAAGACCAAAGGUGCUUUGAAAAGACGGCAAGAAUGCAACUCUAG